UGCGCAAAAGAGGAAGCAAAUCGGCUUCAUUUCCGCUGCAGUCGCGAGAACGGGGACGCCAAAUAAAGAAAAUGUUUAGAGAAAGGGACACUUGACGCCAGAGAGGGUUUAAUUCAAUACAUAAUACUAGGAAAUAGUUUAUCCGAACAUCGGCUAUCUGAAGUUUUGAGUUAAAAAAAAUCAAGUACGUACACAGCCAGUUCGGGGUUAACACUGAGGCUGACGAGUUCCCUUGUUCUGCAGUUCGCUUUUGAGGAAGCCCCUCGUCCAGCCAGCUGGAAUAGCUCAUCUGUUAGCUGGUCAACGGCCGCCACCGCAAGAAAUGGGGACGAGAGCCAGUCGUCUACAAGAAGACCCGGUGGUUCCCCCUGCUUUCGGUAAAGAUGGACCCAGGCGGGAGUCCUACCGGAGACCCCGCUGUCCCAGGCCCACAAGUCUGGUGGUGGAGUUCUCGGGGAGUUUUGAAGACACGGAGACCAAUCAGAGCCGCUCGGAGGAAGGCAGUGAUUCGGACAUGGGACCGCAGGCAAGCGCUGACGGAAGCCCCGAAGAUAACCACAGCCUUCCCUCUAGCAUCAGCCCAGCCUCGCCGGCGGAUGACACCAGCGAUGGGAGGCCGGGAGAUGAGGGAAACCUAAGCCCACAGGCCGCUGAUAAUGCGGAACAUCAACCCGGGGAGGAGACAGGCCGCAUGGCUCACCGCACUUUUUCAGAGCGUCUCCCCGGGAAUCGCCACUCUUCUGCGCGCAGUGUCACCACCAGAUCCGCUCGGGUUCGGGGCAUACACCCGCGCCCGAUGUCUGAGGCAUGGAUCGGCCUUUACCGAGUCAACAGCCGUCAUGGCAACAUUCGCUGUCCAUUUUGCACCAAGCCUUUCCCCGGAGGGAGGAUCGAGGAUCACCUGUUGAGUUGCCUUACAUCACCCCCGCUGCCGUACAACACGGACGUGCUCAGUAAAGACAGUGGCGAGUGCUCCAUCUGCCUGGAGGAGCUGGCCCAGGGCGAGACUAUAGCCAGGCUGGCCUGCCUUUGCGUCUACCACAAGAGCUGUAUUGAUUCCUGGUCCAAGGUGAAGCCUUGCUGCCCCGAACAUCCCUUUGAUUGACUUCCAGGUCGCUGAUGACGUGCCCCAGUGACCUACCCCUCUCAGGAUACUACACUGAAUCCCAAUACUGCAAGGA